ACUUGGCUGUAUAUAUUGACAAUCUCUAGCUCUAAGCUUAGGUAUACACGCCCCUCUAAUAUUUCUAUAGGGACAUCCGGUCAAAUAAGCUCCCAUGGCGAGACUAGAGGCCGGAAAGAGCAGCGGUGGUGCACCGGGAGGUGAGGUAAAUGAAAUCAAGGGAUGCAACCUGCAGAAGGAUGAAGGCCAGGGACAACUUAUCAAAUUGGUUGUUGAAGAGGCUUUGGAUAAGCUGAAGAUAAAGCAUGAACCUGUGACUGAACAUUUAGUUGGACUCACUGCUCAGGUAGAAGAAGUCAUGAAAUUACUAGACAGUGAUUCUGGUAAUGUAUGGCUCAUCGGAAUUCAUGGAAUGAGUGGAAUAGGAAAAACAACCGCAGCCAAGGUCGUCUUCAAACAACUAUGUUCCCACUUUGGAAAGCGAUGUAGCCUUCUUGAAGACACUCAAGAAGAGUGACGAAAGAGGGCUUAAUCAAAUUGCAAGAUAUAUUGUUGUUUGGAUAUAGUCAAUUCGAGAGCAAUACAAAGCACUCUCGAAUACAUGCAUCUAUUAGGAUAUCCUUGAUAGCGAUAAUAGGUAACAAUAAAUUAUGGAUGCAUGAUCAACUUAGAGAUCUUGGAAGGGAAAUUGUUGCA